GCCACUCAGCCUUAAUCAUGGUUCCCCUCCAUUUGGGGUCAGCCUAUUCAGUCCAAUUUUGCACUCGUCAUGCUCCCGUAUCAACCACUCACAACCGAGCGCCAAAGUCCACCAGACGAUCCACCACUCUGCAGUUCAACUUCACACUCCACAAGAGAUGGACAUCCUUACUGUGGUGCUGCUGCUGGUGGCGUUUCUGCUCAUCCUAUACGAGCUGCGUGUUCAACUGUCCACUCACUACCGUGCUGGGAAGAAAUUCCCCGGCCCUCGGGCAUUUCCACUCCUCGGCAAUGCGCACAAUCUCCUGUUCAACGAUCAACGCCGCACCUUUCAGCUGCCGCGUGGAUGGGCCGCCACGUACGGUGACACCUAUCGCAUACUGGUGCGCGGGAUCUUAAAUCUUAACGCCUUCCAGGCGAAAGAUGUCGAACCGCUACUGUCGAGUCCGAAACUGAUCGAGAAGAGUAUGAUAUACACCUUGCUGCACCGGUUCCUGGGCAUCGGGUUGCUGAACAGUACCGGGUCGAAGUGGCAGCACCGUCGGCGCAUUCUGACCCCGGCCUUUCACUUCAACAUUCUGCCCAGCUUUCUGCUCACCUUCCAGGAGGAGUGCCGACGGUUGGUGGCCCAGAUUGGACGGUACGCUGAUAAAGGUGCACCGGUAGCGUUGCAGCCACUUGCGACCAAGUUUACGCUGAACACUAUCUGCGAAACGGCCAUGGGAAUUAAGCUCGACUCGAUGACGAUGGCGAACGAGUAUCGUAGCAAAAUCGAAGCCAUCGGUACGAUGCUGCUCCGGCGGCUUAUGAAUCCGUGGCUGUUUGAGGACUUCACCUACAAGCUGUCGGGACUACAGGGCCGGUUCGAGAAGCUGCUCCAACCGGUGCACGCGUUCACCCGUUCGAUCAUCCAGCAGAGACGCGAGCUUUUCCAUCAGAAUGUACGCAACAUUGGGGAUUUUUCGGAGGAAAACAUAUAUACGAACCUGAAGCAACGGUACGCCAUGCUGGAUACACUGCUGGCCGCCGAAGCGAAGGAACAGAUCGACGAGGACGGCAUCCGCGAAGAGGUGGACACGUUUACGUUCGAGGGACACGACACGACGUCCGCUGCCGUCAUCUUCACCCUGCUACUGCUUGCCCACAGUCCCGACGUGCAGCAGCGGCUGUACGAGGAGCUGCAGGAGGUCGCACAGUCCCGCACCGACGCGGACGAUGAGUUCACCCAGCGCGAGUACAACGAGCUCCGGUACAUGGAUAUGGUGUUGAAGGAGUCGCUCCGGCUGUACCCACCCGUACCCUUCAUUUCGCGCAAUAUCUCCGAGGACACAAUGUUCGGCGAUCGGCUGGUGCCGAAGGAUACACUCUUCAACGUGCACAUCUUCGAUCUGCACCGCGAUCCUGCCGUAUUUCCCGACCCGGAACGAUUCGAUCCGGAUCGCUUUCUGCCGGAAUGUGUGGCCGAACGGAGCCCGUACGCGUACGUGCCGUUCAGUGCGGGACCGAGGAACUGUAUCGGGCAACGGUUCGCUAUACUGGAGCUGAAAACGGUCCUCGCGGCGAUACUGAUGCAUUUUCGCAUUCUGCCCGUUACGAGGCGCGAGGAGUUGGUGUUCGUAGCGGACUUGAUUCUGCGCACGAAGGAUCCGAUUAUGGUUAGAUUCGAACGGCGCUAAAACUAGGACACUACAGUAAAUAUGAGCGUAAGCCGAUCGUGCUUCGAUGUAGCGUAAUUAUAUUCCUAUUUGUAUAGCAUUAGAUCUUCUACACACUUAUCGAAUAAAGAAGAAGUAGUCUGCAAGGACAAA